GGGCCGCAGGAGGUCGGGGCUGGAACAUCUGGGUAGCAGGAGCUGAGAAGGGCCCCACACUGGCCCUGGGUCAGAGGUGAAACCUAAAAGUAGUGUGGCAGAGGCUAGGCCUUUCUCUCACCUAAGCUGGGCUCCCUGGGACUCCGGGUAUGGCCCCCAGCACCCCACACGGGGCCAGACCCCCCUCAGGAACCCUGGGAAGGUCCUCACCUGGUCUUCCGGUGAGCAGGAACUUGCAUUCCAGGAGCCUGGGCAGACAGCCUGGGGUGGUGGGGGUGGGCUGGCUGUACCUCGGCACCCCUCCCCCGACACCCCCCAUCUAGCCUGUUCCGACCGCAGACUUCCUCUGGCAGCUGCGCCAGCCCCCGGCCCUUCUCGCCUGGGGCCCCCAGGGACUGGGAGUGGAACGGAAACCCUGCAGCUGGGGCAGCCCCGUGGUGGGAGGGAGGAAGAGGGGCCUCACGGACCCCUGGCUGGGGACCUGGCCAAGCAGAGGAUGAGCAGUUGCCUCCAGGCUCUGCCCUGGGCCCUAGGGCUCGGGAUGCUGCUGGCCCUACCAGGGGCCUUGGGCUCAGGUGGCGCCGAGGAGGACAGCGUGGGCUCCAGCUCUGUCACCGUUGUUCUGCUGGUGUUGCUGCUCCUGCUGCUGGCCACUGGCCUGGCACUGGCCUGGCGCCGCCUCAGCCGUGACUCGGGGGGCUACUACCACCCAGCCCGCCUGGGUGCUGCGCUGUGGGGCCGCACGCAGCGCCUGCUCUGGGCCAGCCCCCCGGGCCGCUGGCUGCAGGCCCGAGCUGAGCUGGGGUCCCCAGACAAUGACCCUGAGCGGCAGGAGGAUGAGCAGGACGCAGACUAUGACGACGUCGCCGAUGGUGGCCUGCAGGCUGACCCCGGGGAAGGCAAGCAGCGGUGUGGAGAGGAGCCCAGCCCGGAGCAGGUCCCUGUGCAGGCUGAGGAAGCCAGAGACAGUGACGCAGAGGGGGACCCGGUCCUCAGCUCCCCAGGGCCGGCGAGUGCAGGGGGCAGUGCUGAGGCCCUGCUGAGUGACCUGCACGCCUUUGCUGGCAGCGCAGCCUGGGACGACAGUGCUAGGGCAGUGGGGGCCCACGGCCUCCAUGUCACCGCACUGUAGAGGCCGGUCUUGGUGUCCCGUCCCUGUCACGGCCGCUCAAGCCCUGUGCCUCUGCUUCCCAAGAUGCCAUGGCUGGACUGGACCCCCACCCCACAUGGCCACACCUCAGACUGCUGCCCCGAUCAUUUUCCAAGUCCAUGUGUCCCCUACUCACCACGGGAAGGCCUCCACCCCCAAUCCCAGAGGCAUCAGGCAACCAUUUGAAAUAAAACUCCUCCAGCCUGUG